AUGUCUGACCCUACCGCCAUUGCCCAACAAUUCACCCAAUUCUAUUAUCAACAAUUCGACUCUGAUCGAAAUGGACUUGCUUCUCUCUACAGAGACACCUCGAUGCUUACUUGGGAAUCAACCCAAAUCCAAGGUUCUCAAGCUAUCACCGAGAAGCUUGUGAACCUCCCAUUCACCAAAGUUCAACAUAAAAUCGUCACCAUCGAUGCUCAACCUUCAUCACCUUCCACCGCCUCGCUCAUCGUACUCGUUACUGGUCAAUUGUUAGUUGAUGAUGGCACGAAUCCUUUGCAAUUCACUCAAGUCUUCCAUUUGAUGCCAGAAGGUGGAAGCUACUUUGUCUUCAACGACGUAUUCAGACUGUAA